AUGGAUCCUCGAGAACAAAGACAGGCGCAACCGCCCAACCUACCAUUCUCGCGCAACGCACAGUCUCCUCUCUAUACUCGACAAACCUUACCUCCCCCAACGCCUUCCUCAGCUUCUGCGACUCCCGCUCAGAGCUCAUAUGCGAUAGAGAGACAGCAGCAGCAGCAACAGCCAGGACAGCAACAUGCACAACAGCCUUCCUCGGCCGGCUCUGCGUAUCCUCCCGAGAACCUCCCACGACGACCCUCCGACCCUCAUUACUUUCCCUCCUCCCGUCCAUACGACCAUGGCGCUUCUCUCACCCCGUCGAACCACUCGCGACAUCAAAGCUCUUCCUCUGUCACCCCUGCGCCGCCCAUGAACCGCGCCAUGCCGCCUCCGGGCUCGCCUCCCCAGCCUGAAUGUAUGAAGCUCGAGACCCGCGAGCAGAUCCGCGCGCAGACCCGCGAGGAGACCCGCGCGACCCACGGGACCCACGUGCCGCCGCUGGCUCGCCGCAUGGUGCGCAUCUCACGCCAGAGAUGCAAAGAGAAUGCCAGGGCCACCAGGGCCACCAGGGCCGCCUCCCCGGCCAAGCAGCCAGCCCAAGUCAUUCCCAAAUAUCGCACAACCUCCUCGUCAAAUGGAGAUGGGAAGACCUACGCACUCCGAAAUAUGCUCGGGAACAGGCACACUGGCAAAGGCCUGCGUAUGACCAACCUCGGCAUGUUUACGAAGAACCGAGACCUCAACCUCGACAACACGAAUACCCUCAUGGAACCGCACCUCCGUACAGCAACACCCAGGGAGCUCUGUCACAACCUCCGCCAGACCGCUACCCCCCAACGUCUCAUCCUGGACACCCACAGCCGAUGCCUCCGGCAGGGCAUCAAGUGCCGCCUUACGAGUCGCCGAGUCGCCAUCGUGCGGCGGCACUUCCACCUCAUCAACAGCAGCAACCUGCUCACCGGCGACCUGGCGACGAUGGUCCGCCCCCACCUUCUGCCUGUAGAGGAACCCGGACAUCCCAUGGUCCAUCAACAGAAUUUCUUGAGGGUCCAGGAAAUGAACAGGAAAGGCCGUAUAUCCCCGCUUCCCCAGGCUGUCCAAGGCGCUCAGCCGCAGAUACAAGGCCCACCGGGAGAGGCCGGCAUCAAGAGCGAGUUCGGCCGCAUGUUUUCCGGCAUAGGGAGCGGAGUCAGUGGCCUGGGAGUCUCAAGCCCCGUCGCGUCUGGUGCUCAGUUGCCCUUCACGAGUAGCGGUCUAGCAAGACGUGACGAUCCGGACCAUGCGCCCCAAGACAUAACAUCUGACCCCAAGAGUAGCCGCGAUAAUGCCUCUCGCAACAAGCGCAGGAAGCAGAAGGAUGAUGAUGCCAAGAACGAUGAAGACAGCACUGGUAGAAGUACGCCGCUGGGCAGAGUCAAGCGGCAAAAGACUCACUCGCAUCAUCACCAUCACCACGCUCACGGUCAAGCCAGGGAACCAAUUGUCAAGCCAGUCGCGAAUCCUCAAAGUUCUGCAGUUAUCAUCCCACCCAAACCGAAGCGCAUCAUCUCCAAUAAGGCGAUUCUCGACAGCGUGGCCCAGAAGCCAUUCGAACACCUAGGAGACUGGAUCUAUGAAGUUGAUCUAAAACCAGCUAGGAUACAGGAUGCUCGCAGUGGCCGACAGCCGCGGCAUGCAUACCAAUCAACACCUAAACCCCUACCGAUGUCAACGAUCCGAGGCAAGGAAGGAAGCACCUUGAUGGUCAAGGUUGGGAAGCAACACCUCAAACCCUCUGCGAGAGCGGAGAUCACCUCGCGCCGGGCGGUCUGGGGCACAGAUGUUUACACAGACGACUCAGACGUUGUGGCAGCUUGCAUCCAUGCUGGUUGGAUCCGAGGCGAGUGGCCGGAUGACGUUGAUGUCAACCUGCUAGGCCUUGAGGAGGGCAUCGGUGCGGAGGGCAAGGAGACCAAGGGCGGCAAGAAAGGUCGAAGCAAGGAAACGACGGACCCGCUGCAAAAGAUCAAUCCGGAUUUCUUGGAAGCUCCAUUGACGACAGGGCCCGUGCAGGCACCCGAAGGCCGAGACAUGCACGUCAUGGUUCAAGUCCUACCCAAGUUGGAAAAGUAUGCGUCUACGGUUCGUUUUGGGAUCAAAAGCCGGGAAUGGGGCGGCAAGCUAGGUCGAGAUGGACAGCGGUCCAGCCACGAUGGGCUCAGCUUUAUGAUCAAGUCGGUACGAUUCGUCACGAAUGGCGCUGCCCCGCAGAGCAGGCUGCGUGGCCAGGCUAGACGGGACAGGAUGCGGAAGGCGAUGCAGGAGGUCGAAAUGAGCAGGGCUUUCGAGGUCAGGGUUGUUCCCAACACUGGCAGCGGCAUCGUAUCGUUGGCGCCAAAGAAAAAGGCAGUCGACAGUGUGGGAGGUGACAAGGAGAAUCGGGCACUCAAUGACGCUGGACACGGUGGUGGACACGACAAGGGUGCGCACACUGGCAGCCCUGGAGGAAGCAGAUCGAGGGGCGGCCUUACAGAGGGUCAAACGGCCAAUGGCGGCGAGGCAGAUCGAAACGAACAGCACAACCGGGACGACGACAGUGGCGUCGGAGAUGUCAGUGGGACAGGCGAUGACCCCAAUGUACCGACGGCUCUGAGUGCUGCUGCUACAUUAGCGGCGGUGGCAACUGUUGCCAGCAGGCUGACACCACCGGCGGAAGCAUGA